AUGGGUGGAGAGGAAAUUGAUGGUGGAAAAGGGAUCCGACAAAUAUCUGCCUCAGUGGAACACCCUCAGGUAAACGGACAAGAUGAAGCUGCUAAUAAGCUGAUAUUGAAUGGGUUGAGGAAAAGAUUGGAUGAACAUAUGGACCCCUGGGCUGACGAGGUAUGGUCGGUGCUGUGGUCAUACCGAACUAUAGUACACUCCACUACCAACGAGACGCCUUUCAGGCUUACCUAUGGCGAAGAGGCCGUAAUUCCGGUAGAACUCAGGGAGCCAAGCCCAAGAAUGUUUUUGGGAACCUCAGCAACUCAUGAAAGCUUGGACCAAAUUGACGAAGUCAGGGGAAUGGCUAAUUUAGCAAAGCAAAGGGUGGCCAAUAGGUAUAAUACAAAGGCCCGACCUAGAAGUUUCCAAGCGGGGGAUCUAGUUCUACGACAAGCCAAUGCCAAGUACCAGGAACAUGAGUUAAGCUAA